UGUCGUGUGUUCUUCAUCAUUUCCUCUUUCAUUCAAUCCAAUUUUAAUAAAUUCUUCAACCAACAUCCGUCCAAAUCUCAAAUCCUAUCUACCCAAACGUAUCAAAAAGCAUAAUUCUUUAUCCCAAUCUCCUUAAUUUACACCUCCUUUUCGAUUACAUACGCGAUCUUCAUAGCAAUCGAUUUGAAGAACAGAGGAGAUAAUCAGUCAAUCAACGAUGACUAGGCGAUGUUCUCAUUGCAGCAACAAUGGACACAACUCGCGAACUUGCCCUAAUCGAGGUCUGAAGCUAUUUGGGGUUCGGAUUACAGAUGGAUCGAUUCGGAAGAGUGCAAGUAUGGGAAACUUGAGUCACUGUAACGGAUCCGGAAGCGGCGCCUUCUUCAAUGGAUUUUCCGGUGGCGGCGGCGGCACCGACCUUGAUUCGCCAGGAGAUACCCCGGAUCAUAACGCCGCCGGUGACGGCUACGGCUCGGAGGAUUUCGUUGCCGGCUCGUCUUCAAGCCGUGAAAGGAAAAAAGGCGUUCCAUGGACGGAGGAAGAACAUCGGAUGUUCUUAUUAGGUUUACAGAAGCUCGGAAAAGGGGAUUGGCGAGGAAUCGCGAGAAACUAUGUGAUUACACGAACACCAACUCAAGUCGCAAGUCAUGCUCAGAAAUUUUUCAUCAGACAAAGCAAUAUCUCAAGAAGAAAACGACGAUCCAGCCUUUUCGACAUCGUCGCCGACGAUUUCCCGUCGCAACCGGAGACUCAAUCAGUCAAAAACCCAUUAACCAUCCCGACUCUAGAAGAAGAAGAAUGCGAGUCGAUGGAUUCCGCUAACUCAACCACCGCAGAUCCCCAAAUCGACCCCACACCAACACCUGCAACUGUAAGUGUAAAUCUCGAGGGUGGUUCUGGUUCACAGUGUUUGAUUCCGAUGAUGUUUCCGGCGUACGUUUCUCCGAUCAUACCGGUUGCUAUUCCGUACUGGCCUGGACCCUCUUGUCAAGAUCAAGAUUCCAUGGCUAAGACUGAAGCUCAUGAAGUUCUGAAGCCGACUGCUGUUCAUUCAAAGAGUCCGAUCAAUGUUGAUGAUCUUCUUGGGAUGUCGAAGCUGACAUUAGGUGAUGGUGGUGGUGCUCCGACUUCACUGAAAGUUGGAGGGCUGAGCCGGCAGUCGGCGUUUCAUGCAAGUAACCCUGGUGCUAGACCUUCUUCUAAAAUGGAUUCGAAUCAUAGUCCUAUUCAUGCGGUUUAGAAGGUAAAGAUUUUAGGGUCUCUGUUUUGGAUUAUGUUUUAGGGUUUAGUUAAUAGUUAUGUUUGUAAGGUUUUACCAGAUCAGAAUUCAGAAAAUCUAUAUAUGUUAUAUGUAUACUACAAGACAAUAAUUUUAAGCUUUUUAGCCUGAUCAACCCUCAUGGAUUUGGGGGUCCUAAAGUUAUAAAUGAUUCCUUUGCUACAA